ACCCAAUUGGUAGACACAACCGUCCUAAUAACCGUAUCAAAUUACAGCGAUGUUAUCUAUACAUACACUUGAAUGCAUAUAAAACACAUCCACCAGUUAACAACACAUACCCAUACUAUAGCAAUGGAUCAAAUUACACACAGAUUUGUGCAAGUGAAUGGGCUAAAGCUUCAUGUAGCUGAGAUCGGUUUGGAGUCAUCUCCAGUGGUGAUUUUCCUUCAUGGGUUCCCAGAGAUAUGGUACACUUGGCGCCACCAGAUGAUCGCGGUCGCAAAGGCUGGUUUUCGAGCUAUUGCACCCGAUUUUAGAGGAUACGGGCUGUCCGAAUCGCCUGCUGAACCCGAGAAGGCUACCUUUGCUGAUCUUAUUAAAGAUACUGCGUCUAUUCUUGAUUCUCUCAACAUUUCUAAGGUAUUUGUGAUUGGCAAAGACUUUGGAGCAAUUGUUACGUACCCAUUCGCUCUCCAACACCCAGAGAAAGUAGCUGGAAUUGUCACAAUUGGUUUGCCAUUUAUGCCUCCAGGUGCCUUCACGACUGAAUUUGUCCUCCCAGAGGGCUUCUACCCUCGAAGAUGGCAGGAACCCGGAAGAGCUGAAGCUGAUUUUGGUCGGUUUGAUGUUAAAACUGUGGUGAGAAACGUCUACAUUUUGUUUUCUCAAAGUGAACUGCAGAUAGCGAAUGAGAACCAAGAGAUCAUGGAUUUGGUUAAACCGUCAACUCCGUUACCCUCUUGGUUUAGUGAGGAGGAUCUUGAAGCGUAUGCGGCUUUGUAUGAGAAGUCCGGAUUUCGAACCGCACUCCAAGUUCCUUAUAGAGGUUUAGGUUUCGGUUCGUUACGGGAUGCAAACCUAUCUAUGCUAGCGAAAUGGUGGUGGAGAUUUACGACGGAAAAGGAUAAUUUAUGGAGAAGAGUCAUUUGGUCAAUUCAUCACAAUAAUAGGUCAUGGGCUCCUAUUCCGGCCAAGGUAUCGGUGGCUGGUCCAUGGAAACAAAUUGUCGGUAUUCGGGAUUGUCUAAGUCGGGUCGGGAUUAAUUUGUCGGAAUCGAUAUGGAGUAGGGUGGGCUGUGGAUCAAAAACAGCAUUCUGGCUCGAUUUCUGGAUUGGAGAUAGUCCUUUAUACAUUGGUUUUCCAUUAUUAUUUGCUCUCGAAUCUGACCGGUCCUGUCGUGUGUCCGACCGGGUCUCGUGGGGCAUUGAUGUGCUGAAUGUAUCAUGGGCAUGGAGCCGUUCCAUCUUGUCGGAUUCAGAACAGCAGGAAUUAUCCGAUCUUCUGCUGCUUCUGUGCGACUUUAAUGGAGGUGAGGGCCUGGACACUUGGGUGUGGAAGUAUGACAAUUCAGGAGUCUUCUCGGUAGCUAGCAUAAAAAUCACUGCCGCUACUGAGUCGAACCCGGUCCCGGGAUAUGGUUUUCAUUGGAAUAAGCUUGUUCCAAAGAAGGUGGGUAUCGUUUCUUGGCGUGCUUUAUCGGAACGGCUACCGACUCGUGUAGCUCUGGCAGCAAGGAACAUUCAAAUUGCGGACACCAGGUGCUUGUUAUGUGAGGAAUAUGAUGAAACUAGUGAUCAUCUUUUCGUGGCUUGUCAGUUCACCCAGUCAAUAUGGCUUAUCGUGGCUCAAUGGUGUAGAUCCCAACCUACUUUUGCAUUCAGCUUGAAGGACAUUUUGGAAGCCCAUAAUGCUGUGCAUGGUUCAAAAAAGAAGAAAUUGGUGCUCAAUGCUAUAGCCCAGGUAGUCAUUUGGUGUGUAUGGAGGAUGCGAAACGAAGUUCUUUUCGGCCAGGCAUCUCCGAGCGUUUCUAAGGUCGUUGAAGAAGUCAAAUCGAUGGCUUUUCUCUGGAUUAAGAAUCGUGCGGGAUCCUCUAAUUGGUCUUGGAAUGAUUGGCGAAGUUUUAGUUUAAAUAUAACGAUGGACAUGGUUGGGUCCGAGGUGCAGAAUCCAAAAGUCGAAGUUCCAACAACGAUGAUCAUGGGUGAGGCGGAUUAUGUGUUAAAGAUUCCUGGAAUGGGUGAAUACAUAAGGAGUGGAGAGGUGAAGAAGUAUGUGCCGAACCAAGAGACAAUAUAUGUCCCUCAUGGUUCUCAUUUUCUUCCGGAGCAAUUCCCUGAAAAGGUGAAUGAACUCGUGCUCGACUUUCUCAAUCGCCACAAGCAUCUUGUAGCAGUUUAGCUCGUUUCCUUGAGCGAAAAUAAGACAAAUGGAAUCGCACUUUUAGUUUACUGAUUAUGUUGUUGUGUUCCUGUUUGAUGUGUGUCAAGCUCGUUUCCAUGAGCGAAAAUGAGACAAAUGACUAGCACUUUUAGCUUAUUAAUAAAGAACUGUUUUCCAUGUGUUGAUGCAUGAA